UUUGUCGCAAGUUAAACUUCGGCAUGUUUUGAGGACGUAAAUAUUUUUCUAUAAACUUAAAUAUUCGGCGAUAGAUAUUUUUAUUAUAUAGUUUUGUUAGGUAAAUUUCCAGAAAUGCAGGUUCACUCUCAGGCAGCCCCGACCAUAUUGCAGUGGAGCCCUGAUAAGAAACACAGUGAGAGAGAACGAUGGGUUUGCAUUUAUCCAGCUUAUAUUAAUAAUAAAAAGUCAAUUGCACAGGGAAGGAGAAUUGCAAAAGAAAAAUGUGUGGAAAACCCAACUCAUCAAGAAAUUAGAGAUGUUUUAGUUGAUGCUGGUUUUAAGGUUGGCGUCGAAAACAAAUUGUAUAGUCGAGAAAGGAGCAAGGAAUUGCUUUAUAGGGGACGUAUCCGAGUUCAGUUGAAAAAUGACGACGGUUCCCUUUUCAAUCCUAAGUUUUCUUCAAGGGAAAGUAUUAUGCUGUAUCUUGGAGAAAAAAUUCCAAAAUUGAAAUCUAGAGUCAGCAAACCGUCUGGUGAACAGACUGCGCAGACCUCUCAAGGGAAGGGCAAAGGAAAAGGGAAAGGGAAAAAAUAAAAUAUUUUUCUUAAUUGCAUAAAAAUUAUAUAUUUUUCUGUUUUUUCCCUUGGAUAUUAUGUUGUUUUGUUAUGAUUUUGAAAUCAUAUUGGUGAGAUAACUUUGAAAUAUACUUAUAGCUGUUUAGACAUUUUUUGUUUUU